CUUACGUGCACGUUCUGUUCAAAAAAUGUGAAUCAUUUUCUCAAUCCAAGCACUAUGCAACUUACUAAAAGAGAAGGCCCCCAAAAUCUCAUCUAAGAGUCUUCGGUGAUUUCCCUUUGGUGAUGGUGCCAUGAGCUUUUUUUUUUUCCCAUGGUGAAAUAUGAGCACUAAACAACGUCGGAUAUCCGGGCCAGCGCAUUUUUGUGAGCGUCCAAUAAAAAGUCAAGCGUUUGGGAGGUCCGUGCAGUUUUGUUUUUUUUUCCUUCCUCUCCUCCCAUCCGUGCAGGCCGCCGCCCUCGCGCUGCUCACGGAGAUAAAACAAAGUGAGCGGCGACGCUGUCCGCCACUCAUGAGCGCAGCCAGGCAGCCCCCGGGAGCUGACGUCCAUAAGCCGGCCUUCUCCGCAUACCAGCGCCAGCGCCACCCGUCCGUCCCGCCAUGUCCACGGGUUCCCUAAGCGACGUGGACGACGAGCUGCUACUGGACGGCCUGCUCAAGUUGACCUCGGCCGACAGCGCCGAGGACAGCUCCAACGGCGAGGGCCGGGCCGUUGACACCGCCGCGCCGCGUACCAAGCGGCGCAGGACUGCGUCGCGCAAGGCCGCGUCCCGCAAGUCCUGCGUGGGAGAGGAAGGCGGCGGCGGCGACGGCGUCCAACGGGAGGGCAAACAGGUGCAGAGGAAUGCGGCCAACGCGCGCGAGAGGGCCCGGAUGCGCGUGCUGUCCAAGGCCUUCUCGCGGCUCAAGACGUCCCUGCCGUGGGUGCCGGCCGACACCAAACUGUCCAAGUUGGACACUUUGCGCCUGGCGUCCAGCUACAUCGCGCACCUGCGGCAGGUGCUGGCCAACGACAAGUACGAGAGCGGAUACGUCCAUCCCGUCAAUCUGACGUGGCCCUUCAUGGUUGCCGGCAAGCCUGAAAACGAGUUGAAGGAAAUGUUGAGCUCGGCGCGCUUAUGCGGCCCCACCGCAUCCUGACCAAAACACACUUUGGAUACCCCCCCGUCUCAUCUCCGCAGACUUUUCGAGUGGGAAUAACGGAGGGCUGCUUGGAGGGAAGAAGGCACGCGUGCCCUCCUCCUCCUUUCGUUCCCGUAACAAGAAACUAUUUAAGUGCUUUUUUUUUUUACGUCACUCUUUAUUGUCUUUGCUGGCCCAAAGACAAAUUGGCAUUCUCCUUGGCAUCAUAUGUACUCUGCAUCAACAUUUUUUUUUUUUUACGUCUCUGAAAUUGUACAGAUGCUCUAAAUAUACAAUCUCUAUUUGUAUCUAUCACUUGA